AAGAAAAAGGAAAAAGAAAUUUGGGCUAGUUUUGAAUUAUAAAAUCAAUAGUACAAGCCUGGUCUACGCAAAAAUGGUGAAGUCAUAAUCAAGAAAAAGCCCUCAUUGCCAUUUGCCAUUUGCCGAUCGGAAAUAGGCAACAUUGGCAGAAUCCCGUCUCCAGCAUCUAGUCAUAGGGGAAAAAAGGUAAAAAAGCAUAGAGAAAAACUGAAAAAGAGAGCUGAAAUUCUUUGUUAUCAUCAAUCAAAGAUACCCAAUACUCUGUUGUUUGUGUUGGUACGCAGCACUGUUUCUAUUUGCACUUGGCAGACUGACUUUUGGGUUUUGACAUUAUGUUGUAAUUCACAAGGUUCAGUUCCUACUACUCGAAAAUGAUGUUGUUUAUGUAAUAGCUUAUGUUCCUUACAUCAGCAUGUGGAGUUUUGCAUCCAAAUGCAUCGCUGGAACUGUUGGAUUGAAAAAUGAUUCUCUAAGGCAAACGCGUGCUGCAUCGGAAUGUUCAGAUGAUGAAAGUUCUUCAGCAGUUAGCAGGGAUGAAGGUUUAGAUUGUCCGAUAUGCUGUGAAUCCUUCAACAUUGUCGAAAAUGUGCCGUAUGUUUUAUGGUGUGGUCAUACCCUUUGUAAAAACUGCAUUCUAGGACUUCAAUGGGCUGUCAUGAAAUUCCCUACUCUACCAAUCCAACUUCCACUUUUCAUCUCUUGCCCGUGGUGCAAUCUCUUGUCAUUUCGUCUGGUUUAUCGAGGAAACCUCAAGUUCCCUCGGAAGAACUAUUUUCUACUUUGGAUGGUUGAGAGCAUGAAUGGUGAUAGACUAAUGUCUCAUUCUUCAUUCUCAGAAGAUCGUCAACCGGACUUGUCAUCUAACAACAGUUUACCCGUUGGAAACCAAGUAACUCGUUGUAACCAUCGAAGGGCAUACCACCAUCAUUCUGAGUCAUCGGGAUCAACACAAAAUCGUACUCAUCUUACCGGUUACUUCAAUUUGGAAAGAAUACACACUGUCCUUCGGAAAUCUCUGGUGUUCUUUGUACAUCUGACUGCCAAGUUCCCAUUAAUCAUCAUAUUUCUCUUGAUCAUCCUUUAUGCAGUUCCUGCUAGUGCGGCCAUCUUAGCCCUGUACAUACUUAUAACCAUUCUCUUUGCUUUCCCUUCGUUUCUUAUCUUGUACUUUGCAUAUCCGAGUUUAGAUUGGCUUGUGAAAGAGAUCAUCACUUGAGAUGGUAUCUGUUUCUUGUUCAGCAAGCAUCAUGAUUGUAAGUUCACACUUUCAUGCCAUUUAUUCACUCGAAGACACCAUCAAAUCUCCGAAUUUGACGACUUUCUGCUGUCCCUAGGUUAUAUUAGUUCUUCAAAGCUCUCAAUAAGUUGCCCCCUGAUAGUUUUUUUCCCAUUUGGGAACAUUUGAUUUCAUUUCAACUCAGGCAUGAUUGUUUCGAUUCUUAUUUCUGGGAUUUGAUCGUCCAACAAUGCCAACCAAAGUUUCAAGAUACAGUAGGAAGGGCUCAUGUAUAAUGGAGCUCUUAUGCUUAUGCUUGUACUUCUUUUUGGUAUGAAUGAAAUCAAUCAAUUUUAUGGAUGAGCAUGGCUUGAUAUAUGGUUUGCAGGGUUCUAUUUUUCGUUUUUAAUCUAUGUUCUAAUUCAUAUGUACGGCAUUUGAGUUUUUCAUGUGUUUGGUCAUGGUGUUGUAGAAGCUGAUGAUUUUAAUUUUACUUUAUGUUAGUUGCAUGCAGGUAUUUGUUAAGAAUAUGCGUCCAGUAUGUGUAUAUUUAGGGGGUUUUAUUUUUAUUUUUUAUUUUUAUCUUGUGAAAUUUUUUAUUUAUGCAUGUGUUGAAAAAUGAGUUUCAGGUUCCAAGCAAAAA